AUGGCAGUUGUGGGUUCCCCUUCAAGAUCCUUGCAUGACUUCAUUAGCUGUUGGAAUUCCAUUGUUGGAAUUGGACUCUUGAGUGCAGUGACCUAUAAUGAUGUGCAUGUCAACAUCACUCAGGAAGAGUGGGCAUUGAUGGAUCCUUCACAGAAGAAUCUCUACAAAAAUGUGAUGCUGGAGACCUAUAUGAACCUCAUUGCUAUAGGCUACAAUUGGGAAGAUCUUAAAGUUGAAGGACAUUGUCAAAGUUGUCAAAAUCAUGGAAGGCAUAAAAGGACACAUACUGGAGAGAAACCCUAUGAAUGUAAUUAUUGUGGUAAAGCCUUUGCUCAACACAGUUCUCUUCAAUUACAUGAAAGAACACAUACUGGAGAGAAACCCUAUGAAUGUAAACAAUCUGGUAAAACCUUAGCACAACCUGGUGAUCUUCAAAUACAUAAGAGAACACAUACUGGAGAGAAACCAUAUGAAUGUAAUCACUGUGGUAAAGCAUUUGCUCGGCACAGUGCUCUUUGAUUACAUAAAAGAACAUAUACUGGAGCGAAACCUUGUGAAUGUAAUCAGUGUGGUAAAGCCUUUGCUCGACACAGUACUCUUGAAAUGCAUGAAAGGACACAUAGUGGAGAGAAACCCUAUGAAUGUAAACAAUGUGGUAAAGCCUUUGCACAGCACAAUUAUCUUCAAGUAUUUAAGGGAACACAUACUGGAGAGAAACCCUAUGAAUGUAAUCAGUGUAGUAAAACCUUUGCUCAAAACAAUACUCUUCAAAUUCAUGAAAGAUCACAUACGGGAGAGAAACCCUAUGAAUGUAUACAAUGUGGGAAAGCAUUUGCACAGCCCAGUCAUCUUAAGGUAUCUGUCCAAGCUUAUCUUGGUUGUGCCAUUGUACGGCAGGGCAAGGGAAGUGAACUCGCAACCAGGCAAUCUGCAUCACAGCUAGAUGUACCUGGUAUGUAA